CCCUGCCAACCCUCCAAUAUUCCCACACCCUCAAUAACCUAUCCUGUACGAGAGAGUUUGAUCCUCUACCUACUCUAUCCUACCAUAUCGCCAGCCAUCGAUUCCUAGAUCAUGGUGGUCGAUACGGCCUAUUAUGACGCCUUGGGCGUUUCCCCCACCGCCACCGAGCUGGAAAUCAAGAAAGCGUACCGAAAACGCGCCAUACAGCUACAUCCAGACAAGAAUCCCGAUGACGAAACUGCCCAUGAAAAGUUUCAAACUAUCGGUGAAGCCUACCAAGUUCUGAGCGACAAGGCUCUGCGAAGUCAAUACGACAAGCAUGGGAAAGAGGGCGCCAUUCCGAGCGCGGGAUUCGAUGCAGAGGAUCCGGCCGAGUUCCUUACGAUGAUUUUUGGAGGCGAUGCGUUUAUGGAUUGGAUCGGCGAAAUCUCCCUCAUGAAAGACCUCCUGAAGACGAUGGAGAUAUCUACAAAGGAGAUGGAGGAAAAUGAGGCCCGUGCCGCAGCAGAAGCAGAAGCAGAAGCGGCAGCUAGCGCAGGGAAUGGUAAAGAGACGCCCGAGGCAUCAUCUUCCGCACCCCCACCGUACGUCGAAGUCGAAUCCGCCGGAGAUUCAUAUCCGCCCGAGAAACCGAAACCCGCCAUGAAGGAGACAGCCACACCAUCCCCAACACGCUCUGGCACGAGUACUCCCCGUCCCGCCGGUAUACCCACGCGAUUAGCCAUCAUGGGGAAGUCGGAGGAAGAUGCCCGGCUGGAUGCAGCCGGAGUCUCUGAAGCCGAGAAGGAGCUCCAGGCGAAAGAGAAGAAGAAGGGCGGAUUGACGAGAGAGCAACGAGAGGAGUUGGCUGCAUACGAGAUGGAACGAAGAAAGAUCCGAGAAGAGCGUGUCGACACUCUGGGAAAGAAGUUAACCGAUAAAAUCAGCCUGUGGACGGAAACAGAUAAAGGGCCGGAUGUUACUGCCGCUUUCAAGGAGAAGAUCCACCUGGAGAUUGAGAACCUAAAAAUGGAGAGUUUCGGUUUGGAAAUCUUGCACGCCAUCGGCGCGACGUACCUCCAGAAAUCAACCUCAUUCCUAAAGAGUCAAAAGUUCCUGGGCAUCUCCGGCUUCUUCUCUAGGCUCAAAGACAAGGGUACUCUAGCCAAAGAGACGUGGACCACCAUCUCCACGGCCAUCGAUGCGCAGCAUACCAUGCAGGAAAUGGUCCACCUGGAGGAGCGGGGCGGGGAGGACUGGACCGAGGAGAAAAAGGCCGAGUAUGAGAGGAGGGUUACGGGGAAGGUUCUGGCCGCCGCAUGGAGAGGAAGCAAAUUGGAAGUCCAGAGUGUCUUACGGGAGGUGUGUGACCGAGUCUUGAACGACCCUUCUGUCCGACUAGAGAAGCGGAUAGAAAGGGCGCACGCAUUAUCCAUGGCCGGAGAGAUGUUCGCAAAGGCUGCCCGAGACCCCGAAGAAGAAGGCGACUUCAUGGCGUUCGAAAUGCUCAUGGCUGAGGCCGCGGCGAAAAAGGAGAAGACCAAGUCCGACAAGAAAAAUAAGAAGAGUAAAAAGGACGAGUCGAUGGCAUCAUCAUCCACCCAACCUCCGGACUUUAAAUAAAGCUAGCCACGGCAGCUAUCAUGCCCGAACCCGAAGCCGAUGGUGUAAUGGGCUUCAACGAUCUGAUCUUCUCGAUCUGGCCUUAGGCGGACUUUUCACUCCGGCUACGUUGUGUAGCAUUAGAAUUGAGGAGCCGAGUGCACCUUGGGAGUUAUCUACGACUAGAUCCACUGACAUGCGUUACAUAGACACACUGGAACCACACCUGUUUGAACUCGCAUGUUAAACUCAUCUGUGAUUAGUACUCAAAGUCAUCCUGCUUACGGCAUGUGCUCUGAUCUGGUAUGGCAAAG